AUGGGGACCUCGCCGUCUUGCCCAGUGAAGGUAGCUCUUCAUGAGCUUCUUGAUAGUAAGGGCUUGAAAUUUAAAGAUCGAGCUUUGGCUCAAUUUCUUAGCGAGGUGGAAGCGGUGGCUCCGUGGUUUGCAGUGUCAGGAAACCUGUCAUUAGCCUGCUGGGAUAAGUUAGGAAGGGAUCUGGACCGAGCAUGGGAGGAGGGUACUCUACAGGACAAAAAGGGAAAGACCGGGGUGCGAGGGAUCUGGAGGGUUAUUCGAACCUGCUUGACUAGUGAGGAGUGUGUUCCUGCCAUUCAAGCAACAACGGAGGCGUUAGAGCAAGUGAAAGAGAUGCGGUCAGAGACUCGAUCUACCAACUCAAGACAGUCAAAAGAGAGAGAAAAGGGAGAGUUACCAGGGCUAUACCCAAGCCUGAAGUCAGGGUCAGAGGAUAGCUCAGAGGAUGAAAUAGAAAAAUUAGAAGAGGCAGUACAAGGGCUGCUAGCUAAGAUGGAGGAUAUUAUAGCCAAAAGGAAGAAGAAGCCACCUAGCAAGAAAAAAGUGGAAGCAGGGUGGGACAGGGCAGACAGGAUAGAACCGAGUGCGCCGCCGCCUUAUGCGGAACAAGAAGGUGCACAGGGCUGGACAGCUCCAAAGUCAUCCUGUACGUUUUGUCCCAAGACCUGGCGGGAGGCGGCAGCCGCCUUCCCUGUCUUUGAGGAUGUUAAUCAUGUGAGGUCUUAUGAGCCCCUAGAAUUUAAGAUUCUCAAAAAUUUAUCUGAGUCUGUGCAGACAUAUGGUGUCAAUGCCUCUUUUACUCAGGCACAGAUAGAAAGGCUUACUAACUCAGCCAUGACACCGACAGACUGGAUGUCUCUUGUGAAGGCCUGCCUGUCCAUGGGACAAUACCUUGAUUGGAAGUCCUUAUAUACAGAAUUUGCUCAACAGCAGGCUCGAGAAAAUGCAGCUCAAGGUCAGGCUGCAUGGAGCCUUGAUAUGUUAAUGGGGCAGGGCCAAUGGCUGAACAAUCAGACAGCAUAUCCACCACAAGUAUAUGCACAGAUAAAUGCUAUGGCAGUGAAAGCAUGGAAGGCCUUACCAAAUAAAGGGGAAGUAUCAGGUAAUCUGACAAAGAUUGUCCAAGGGUCUACAGAGCCUUUCUCAGAUUUUGUAGCCAGAAUGAUGGAGGCUGCAGGCAGAAUAUUUGGGGAUCCUGAUACCGCUAUGCCCCUGAUACAACAGCUCAUAUUUGAGCAGUGUACUAGAGAGUGCCGACAAGCAAUAACUCCAUGGAAGUCUAAAGGUUUGACAGCCUGGAUGAAGGCAUGCAGGGAAUUGGGCGGUCCUCUCUCUAAUACUGGCUUAGCAGCUGCAGUGGUACAGGGGAUAGUGCAGCAUUCUAAAAGCAAAACCAAAGCUCCUGGAGCUUGCUUUUCCUGUGGUAGGCAAGGACAUUUGAAACGUCAGUGUCCUGAUAAAGGAAAAGGGGCCACGACACGUCCUCCUGGGCUAUGUCCUAGAUGCAGGAAAGGUAAUCAUUGGGCAAAUGAAUGCAGGUCAGUGAAAGAUAUCAAUGGACAACCUCUUGGACAGAUAAAUACUUAUCCUGUUUCAAAAAACGGGAUGCAGGGCCCCAGGCCUCAGGGCCCUCGAAUAUAUGGGGCCAUGGAAGAUCAGAGCAGUCCAGAGAGCAACUUGCCCAAUAUGAAACCCCGAGGAGGGCCACAGCGGGCUCUGCAGGGUUGGACCUCCACUGCACCGCCAGAGUCGUAUUAA